CGGUGGCCGGAAAGAAGGGCUUCCGUUUCCAAAGGCAGCCCAAAAGAGCAAAGAAACCUUCAAGGAGCUGAUCUUAGAGAGAGAGAGAGGUGGCUUCUUUCUCCCUCCUCUAUUAAUCGCGGUACUUUAUCAUGGCUCUCUUCAUUCUUCAAGCGCAGCAGUAGCAAACACACUCUCACAAGUCACGAGCACCCUUGCUCUUUGCGUGAGUGCCACACCCAAAGCCCGUUUCUGUUUCUCCUUCUUCGUUGUGGUUUGUGUGAGAAGACAGAAGAGAGAAAGAGACAGGAGCAAUGGUGGCUGGCCCUCUGCUUCUCCACGCCCUGAUCUGAGUCUGAGGCUGAGUUCGAGCGAGGCCUCAGUCCUCAGUGGGAGCAAAGGAAGGCAGGGAGUCAGUGAUGAGCAAGGAGGAGGUGCUCAAGAUUCAGACAUGCGUGUUCAAGGUCAACAUCCACUGCGACGGUUGUAACAAGAAGGUCAAGAAGGUGCUCAGCAAGAUCGAUGGCGUGUACCAGAGCAGCGUGGAUCCGGAGCAGGGGAAGGUGACGGUGUCCGGACUGCUGGAUCCGGACACCAUUAUCAGGAAGCUCAGCAAAGCCGGCAAGCCCGCCGUGCUCUGGGGCUCCAAGCCCGGCGCCGGCUCCGCCGCUGUCUCCGCCGGCCAGUUCCAGAAGCUCAAGCCUGACAAGGGCAAGCCCCAGCAGAAGGACGCGGGUGGCGGCAAGGGCCAGCAGCAGCCCAAGGACGCCAAUGGCAUGUCCGGCGGCGGCAAAGGCGCGAAGAUGCAGCAGCCGAUUCAUCAGCACAUGAAGGGCGCGCCAACGGCGCAGCAGCUCCAGCAACUGCAGAUGCAGAUGAAGGGGAUGAAGCUGCCGCCGCAGUUCAUGGAAGCCGCCGCCGCCGCCGGGAAGAUGCCGUUCGCGGCGCACGGGCCGGCUCCGGCCGCGGCGGCGGCCAUGGCUUCCAAGGACCCCAGGACCGUGAAGUUCAGCCUGCCAGGGGACGACGGCUGGGGGGACGACGAAGAAGACGACCUCGGGGGCAGCGAGUUCGACGACGACGGCUUUGACGACGAGGAGGAUUUCGAGGACAACGACGGCUUCUACGAUGACGAACCCAAGGUGAUGACGAAGCACAUGGCCCCGCCGCCGCACGCCGCCGGAGGGGGCGGCAAGAAAGGCGGCGGGAAUGAGGUCCCCGCCGCGCAGUUCAAGGGGAACAAUGGCGGCAAGAAAGACGCCGGAGGCAAGGGGCAGCACCAAGGCGGCGGCGGUCAGCCGAACAAUGCCAAGGGAGGAGUUGGAGGAGGAGCGGCGCCGGGCCAGGGGAAGAAGGCCGGCGGCCCGAUGGGCCCGGUUGGCCCAAUGGGCGCCAUGCCACAGCCGCAGCAGGCCAUGCCGAGGCCUCCAAACACGAUGGGCGCCGGCGCCGGCUUCCCGGGAAUGGGCCAGAUGGGCCACCACCCCCAAAUGGGAACCGGCGGCGCCCGCAUGCCGGCGCCGGCUGCAUUCUACCAGGGCGGCGGCAAUGGCGCUGGCGGCGGCGGCGGCGGUGGCGCAGAGAUGCUGCAGGCAGCGGGGGCGGCAGGGAACCCCGUCGCGCAGCAGCAGUACUUGCAGCUGAUCCAGCAGCAGCAGCAGAUGGCGGCUCUCAUGCAGCAGCAACAGCAGCAACAGAUGAUGAUGAUGAACAAUGGCGGACACGGCGGCGGAGCAGCAGGGUACCCGCCGCCGCCGAUGAUGAUGCCGUCGUACCCGGCGCCGCCGCCGAUGAUGAUGCCGUCGUACCCGGCACCGCCGCCGCCGCCGCACGGCGAGCCGUAUAACUACUUCGGCGACGAGGAUGCCAGCAGCAGCUGCUCGGUGAUGUGAGGUCGGAUUACCUCUAUAGAUAGAUCAUGGUCGGAAACAAGACCAUGGAUGGAAAUUGAAUGGAUCAUUCAUGGUCAUGAUUUCUCGCCUAGAAUUAAUUGUGCUAGUACUGAUUUCCACCUCUUUCUUUCUGUCGAGACGAUAGUUAGAAGAAAGAGGCGAGUGAGCAUCGGAGUGUAGGUAAAAGUAAUUAAGAAUAAUUUUAUCUAUCGGUGAUGGAUCAUAAAAGUGAGAGCAAUGCUUGAUCGAUCCAUGCUUUUCUUUUCUUA